AUAUUUCAACAUCCACUUCACUUCACAACUCACACCAACCAUGGCAGGAAUUGAACACAGAACAGUUGAAGUAAAUGGCAUCAAAAUGCACAUCGCCGAGAAAGGUAAAGAAGGACCAGUUGUGUUGUUCCUUCACGGCUUCCCUGAACUCUGGUACUCAUGGCGCCACCAGAUUGCUGCUCUCGGCUCCCUCGGCUACCGUGCAGUAGCACCGGAUCUACGUGGCUACGGUGACACCGAUGCUCCAGCUUCGAUAAGUAGCUACACAGCUUUUCAUAUGGUAGGUGACCUCAUUGCUCUCAUCGAUUUACUCGGUGCUGAACAAGUGUACCUCGUGGCUCAUGAUUGGGGUGCUACCCUUGGUUGGUACCUAUGCAUGUUUCGUCCCGAUAGAAUCAAAGCUUAUGUGUGUCUCAGCAUUGCCUUCCCCCGUAGAAACCCUAAAAUCAAAAUCAUGGAUUAUAGGCGUGCUACCUUUGGAGAUGACUAUUAUAUGUCCAGAUUCCAGGAACCGGGCAAAAUGGAAGCUGAGAUGGCUGAGGUUGGCACUGAAUAUGUGCUGAAAAAUCUCCUCACAACUCGUCAAACUGGUCCUCCCAUUCUUCCAAAGGGGAAGUAUGGAACCGGAUUUAACCCGAAUACCCCUGAUACUUUGCCAUCUUGGCUCACAGAAGAUGAUCUUGCCUAUUAUGUCUCCAAAUUUGAGAAAACCGGCUUCACUGGAGGAUUGAACUACUAUAGAAACCUCAAUGCAAAUUGGGAGCUCACAGCACCAUGGACUGGAAUCAAAAUCAAGGUGCCUGUGAAAUUUAUUAUUGGUGAAGAAGACUUUGUAUACACCACACCCGGUGUGAAGGAGUACCUCCAUGGUGGUGGAUUCAAGGAAGAUGUGCCAAAUCUGGAGGAAGUGAUUGUGCAAAAAGGUGUGGCUCACUUCAACAAUCAAGAAGCUGCAGAGGAUAUCAGUAAUCACAUUCUUGAAUUCAUCAAGAAGUUUUGAGCUAAUCCGCUUGUACUCUAUCCUUUUAAUAAAAAUACAUCUUCAUAUGCACGGGUCACUUAGGUUUUUAGGACACCUGCAUAAUUACUUGAAGUUGUAAAAUAAUUGGUAUGCUUUGUACCUAAGCAUCGGCAACAUCGAGGGUAUGUUUUGCUCUAUUUCCUCAAAGUUAACAUUUGAACA